GAUUUCACAAUAUCUUGCCACUCAUCAUAGAGUUUAUCACCAGAGAAAACUGGCUCCUCUCUAACAGCAUGGACUAGAUUUUGUCAUGUGACUGGUCCUAGGGUGAUUCUUUGCAGCAAGACUAAAGAAUUUUUUCUUAGGUGUGGGCAUGGUUGUGUCAGAAGAAGCUUGCUUCCCAACCACACAAUGGGGACAAGAACCCAAUAGUUUGACCUGAUAAUGAAAUUGAGAAUAAAAUGGUCAAGUCUAAAAAAGAGAAACUUUCUAAUUUUUAAGAGAAUAGAAAAUGGUAAUUGAAAAAUUCAUAGUAACAAGAUCAAUUUUUCUUCAUUUAUUGCAGUUAAAGAAUCAGUUCUCUUCGACUUAUAAAAUGCAGUCAAAUAACACAUCUGAUAUAUUUGAUAAUUCAAAGUGUUUGAAAGAAAGUCAAUCAGUGGAGGAGAUACUGUCAUCUGAAAAAAUAUCACCAGAAAAAUCUCUUGAAGAUAAUAAUUUAAAGCUCUCAAAUAAUAGUUCAUUAUUAAUAAUGGAAAACACUACUACGCCCUUACAAGCUAUACUCAGUUCUAGCCAAGAAAAUUUUGAAAACCAGCUGAAACACAAAAGGAAAAAACCCCUGGGAUCAUUAUCAAAGAUAUUUUCUAAAACCCGUAGCAGACACUCUAUUGCUGUGGCAAGUGAAGCCGAACUAGAAGGUAAGCAACAUUCAAAUUUCUUUAAUUAAUAAUCAUUAUGAACA